AUGCUACGAGUAACCCGCUUUACGGAAAAGAAAGAAAAGAUUCGAAGUUCACUCCUACGUCACCGACCGAAGAUCAGAGACGCUGCCGCAUAUGCCAAGGAAAGCAAAAUUAGGUGGGCCGGACACGUGAUGCGUUUCAACGACAAUCGUUGGACCAAAGCCGUAAGCGACUGGAUACCACGCGACAUCAAACGCACCGCAGUAAAACCGCCGACCCGAUGGUCAGACCUCUUCACGAAGUCCUUCAAAAAAAAGUACGACACACUUCGAGUUCCUUGCGAGAAGAAUUGCCACUGGGCAACACUUGCGCGCGAUCGGGACAAAUGGAAGUAUUAG